ACAUCAGUAGCACAUCGUUUCAUCUCACCGGUAAAUGCCUGAAGAUUCAACAUGGUUUGCGGAGGAUUUACGUGCUCGAAAAACGCCCUCUGCUCGCUAAAUGUAGUUUAUAUGCUUGUGGGUCUCCUGUUGAUUGUUGUAGCAGCAUGGGGCAAAGGCUUUGGCAUCGUCUCCAGCAUUCACAUCAUCGGCGGCGUAAUUGCCGUAGGCUUCUUUCUGCAACUGAUCGCCAUUGUGGGGCUCAUAGGAGCGGUCCACCAUCACCAAGUCAUGCUUUUCUUUUACAUGGUCAUUCUCUUCGUAGUCUUCCUCUUCCAGUUUGGAGUUUCCUGUUCUUGUCUGGCCAUGAAUCAGGGUCAGCAGGAGAAGCUGCUGGAAUCAUCCUGGAAAAUAAUGAGUAACGACACAAGAAUAAGCCUUGAGAAAAAGCUGGACUGCUGUGGCCUUUUCAACAGCACCAACCUCCAGGCAGACAUUAUGUCUGAUCUACACUUGUGUACAUCUCCAUGUACACAAAAAAAAGAAUGCGUCACCUGCGGUCUGAAGAUGCUCCAGCAUUCAUCAGAAGCUCUGAAGAUCCUGGGAGGAGUUGGUCUGUUUUUCAGCUUUACAGAGAUCUUAGGAGUUUGGCUGGCCAUGCGCUACAGGAACCAAAAGGACCCGAGAGCAAACCCCAGUGCUUUCCUAUAGUCUCUCAGACUGUCAGUCCUAAACUAUACGUUCUGUGUAGUCCAGCUAUUCCAGUCCCCCUUUGCACAGGUAGAGCGGAGCGCACCAAGAGACAUUCGAAGCAUUCAACGCAGAGCAAAUCUCCUGAAAAACACACAUAAAAACAAAAUAACAUCAGGUACAAAACACACACACGCACCAUUUUGAUGAUCGAUCUGACCCAGUUUCCACACAAGGUCUGCCGAGGGCUAAUUUAAAGCAGCAGCAGGAAGAAUCAUGUAUGAAAGGAUGCUUGUUCUGGCACUUUUCCUCCAUCCUUGACUUGAGAAACUCUUCCUGUUCUGUGUAUGCAACCCCCCCCAAAAAAAUCUGCAAUGUAAAUUCAUUGUGUGCAUGUUCAUAGCCUCAGUUUCCAGCUCACAUCAGUACACAUAACCAGUGCUCUGAAAUGGUCCCUGUAGUUUCAGUGUAACAAGUGAAACCAUAUAAACUGUCAACGUUUCGGUAAAAUUCUGUCAUGUAUCUCCCACUGGGGGAUAAAAAUCCUGUGUUUUGUGCGAUGCUUUAAUGAAGUCCGUCUCGAUGAGGUGACCAGUCCAGCCUAUGGGAUAUUAGUUUAGGAAUUAGACGUAGUACAUGAAUAUUUAAAGAAAAAGAAAACACAAACUUGUGUAACUGAGCCAUGUGAAUUGGAGGAUUUCCCUGCCGAUGGACUGCAGUCCUCCUGUUGUACAUAGUCUUUGCUGUGACAGGGUUGACCGAUUUACCGCUUUUUUUCCCCCAAUCUUUAUUUAAAGCAGUGAGAUCUUACCGCCUCAGUCCGGCCUCAAUGUUCUCACUGGACUUUUUAAGUUCUCGAUCUCCCCUUAGUAUUACUCACGGAUAUAGUGUUUUUAAUAUCUUAUGCAUUGUUGUGUUGAAAUGAUCUCAGUGUGCCAUUUAUUCGGUUGUCUGUCGGCUUAGUUUAAGCUACUAUUUUUAUUCGCAAUCAUGUAUCGUUUGUUUACAGCUUUUCUAAACCGUACUAACAGCAUCAGGUCCAUGAUUUUAGCACUGAGCAAUAUGGAAGCCUGUUUUUGCCACUUAGUAAUGAUCGUAAUAAAAGGUAAUUAUGA